AUGGCCAGCUCCACAGAUAUUACAUCCUAUCAGUACCACGGACAGCCACCUCCCACUGUAUUACAUCCUAUCAGUACCACGGACAGCCACCUCCCACUGUAUUACAUCCUAUCAGUACCACGGACAGCCACCUCCCACUGUAUUACAUCCUAUCAGUACCACGGACAGCCACCUCCCACUGUAUUACAUCCUAUCAGUACCACGGACAGCCACCUCCCACUGUAUUACAUCCUAUCAGUACCACGGACAGCCUCCUCCCACUGUAUUACAUCCUAUCAGUACCACGGACAGCCACCUCCCACUGUAUUACAUCCUAUCAGUACCACGGACAGCCACCUCCCACUGUAUUACAUCCUAUCAGUACCACGGACAGCCACCUCCCACUGUAUUACAUCCUAUCAGUACCACGGACAGCCACCUCCCACUGUAUUACAUCCUAUCAGUACCACGGACAGCCUCCUCCCACUGUAUUACAUCCUAUCAGUACCACGGACAGCCUCCUCCCACUGUAUUACAUCCUAUCAGUACCACGGACAGCCUCCUCCCACUGUAUUACAUCCUAUCAGUACCAUGGACAGCCUCCUCCCACUGUAUUACAUCCUAUCAGUACCACGGACAGCCACCUCCCACUGUAUUACAUCCUAUCAGUACCACGGACAGCCACCUCCCACUGUAUUACAUCCUAUCAGUACCACGGACAGCCACCUCCCACUGUAUUACAUCCUAUCAGUACCACGGACAGCCUCCUCCCACUGUAUUACAUCCUAUCAGUACCACGGACAGCCACCUCCCACUGUAUUACAUCCUAUCAGUACCACGGACAGCCACCUCCCACUGUAUUACAUCCUAUCAGUACCACGGACAGCCUCCUCCCACUGUAUUACAUCCUAUCAGUACCACGGACAGCCUCCUCCCACUGUAUUACAUCCUAUCAGUACCACGGACAGCCUCCUCCCACUGUAUUACAUCCUAUCAGUACCACGGACAGCCUCCUCCCACUGUAUUACAUCCUAUCAGUACCACGGACAGCCACCUCCCACUGUAUUUCAUCCUAUCAGUACCAGGACAGCCACCUCCCACUGGUACCACGGACAGCCUCCUCCCACUGUAUUACAUCCUAUCAGUACCACGGACAGCCUCCCUCCCACUGUAUUACAUCCUAUCACCACAGCCACCUCCCACUGUAUUCUAUCAGUACCACGACAGCCACCUCCCACUGUAUUACAUCCUAUCAGUACCACGGACAGCCACCUCCCACUGUAUUACAUCCUAUCAGUACCACGGACAGCCACCUCCCACUGUAUUACAUCCUAUCAGUACCACGGACAGCCACCUCCCACUGUAUUACAUCCUAUCAGUACCACGGACAGCCUCCUCCCACUGUAUUACAUCCUAUCAGUACCACGGACAGCCACCUCCCACUGUAUUGCAUCCUAUCAGUACCACGGACAGCCACCUCCCACUGUAUAA